CGUCUUCGCCCACAACGUCGUGGAGGGCCCCGCCGCUCCCGCGACGCUGCAAGCCAGGGCGAGCGUGACGCCGCCGGCGGCGUUGCUGGCGGGCUGCAACACGAAGGACGGGGCGGAGUUGACGUACUUGGACGCCUUCGCGGCAGCCCGCCGGGUGGAAUGCGGCGCCUGCAAGGACGGCGACGCGGCGUGCCGCGUGCCUGGGCCGGAGAUGUUUGGAGCCGCCGCGGUGCCGCGGCCGGAGGCGCCUGUGGACACGAGCACUGGGCUGCGUGGUGGGUCAGACGCUCACAAACGUCUCACUGGACAUGUGGAAGACGCACCACUGCUACGUGGGCGUGACCUUCAGCGGCGCGGGCGCGGUGGCGAAGUUCUCGCUCACGCGAAUGCCGCUGCACCUCCCUAUCAACAUCACCUUCUCUGGGUGCACGUUCCUGGACGGGGCCGCGCUGCAGUUCGUUGGGGGCGAUGA